AGACAAGGGAUCCCAGAAGGCUUGAGGGAGAUGCGAGCCAGCCAACAGCUUUUCAUUCAUGAAGAUGCAAUUCACCGCCGACACUUGCUGUUUUCUUCGGGUGUAGCCCAGCUGACUGAGUGAAUUCAACCAGUGUUACUGAGCGCUAUGCACUCAACUAUAGACAUACUCGUGAGUGCAAACUUGUGGGCUUGACCUGAACACCACUGGACACUGUUCAAUACAACUUUCCUUAUGGGAUUGGUCUGGGCGAGUAUGAAGAGCUCUGUCAGAAGCUGGAAGCGGCGGUCAGCAGUGUCUCGAUAGGCGUUAUAGAAGUCUUCAUUCAGAAGGAUGCUGGUGGGAAAUGCCUGCAGACAGAGAGGAUGAGAUUUGUGGAAAGGCGCUGGAGCUUCUGUCCGAUCUGUGCUCGAGAGGAGAGGUGCACAAUGAAAACUGCUUGGAUUUCACAUACUAUUUUCGCGAUCUUGGGAGACCGAGAUAUUCGGAUUCUGAUGUGUCUGUGAGUCUAUUGUCCCUUUUGGUGACCACAUGUGGCCUGGCGCUGUUUGCCGUCUCCCUGUUCGUGUCAUGGAAGUUGUUUUGGGUGCCAUGGCGAGAUCGCUUCUGGCCCGGCCUAAAGGACCAGCAGGGCGAGCAGAAGCCAGUCCUGACCGAGGUGGAGGGCCUGGAGCGGGAAUACAGCGAGGACUUUGAGAAGGAUCCCACCGGCUCAACGGUGCUCCCGGAGUCAGCCAUGAAGAUCAGCCACACGUCCCCGGACAUCCAGCUGGAGGCCCAGUCUAAGGCGAAGGAGCUCAACCACAUCCAUGUAGCUCGCGUACAGCGACAAGUCACCGAACCGACCUCAUCUGUCAGGCACAACUCCAUCCGGAGACAGAUGAACGUCUCCAACCCUGAUUUCAACAUGGCCCAGUUCCAGAGACAGGAGUCCAUAACGGGUCCAAGCUUGGGACGCAUCAAGCCUGAGCUCUACAAACAGCGGUCGGUGGAUGGGGAUGACGUCAGGCGAGCCGACAGCUGCGGCCGCCUGCACUUCAUCCUCAAAUACGACUGUGACUUGGAGCAGCUCAUCGUGAAGAUCCACAAGGCCCAAGAUCUACCUGCCAAGGACUUUACGGGAACCUCUGACCCAUACGUGAAGAUCUACCUGUUGCCAGAACGUAAAACCAAGCAUCAAACCAAGGUGCACCGCAAAACUCUGAACCCCAUCUUCGACGAGGUUUUCCUGUUUCCUGUGGCGUACACUGAGCUUCCCACGCGCAAACUCCAUUUUAGCGUCUACGACUUCGACCGAUUCUCGCGUCACGACGUCAUUGGCCAAGUGGUGGUGGACAACUUCCUGGAUCUACCUGACUUUCCACAGGAAACCAAGCUCUGCAGGGAUAUCCUUUAUGUUAGUGCGGAUAAUGUGGAUCUGGGAGAUCUGAUGUUCUCUCUUUGUUACUUGCCAACUGCCGGACGACUGACAAUAACGAUAAUUAAAGCCAGAAAUCUUAAAGCCAUGGACAUCACGGGAGCAUCUGAUCCUUAUGUAAAGGUUUCUAUAAUGUGUGACGGCCGGAGACUGAAGAAAAGGAAAACGUCAACGAAAAGGAACACACUCAAUCCAGUCUACAAUGAAGCCAUUGUUUUUGAUGUUCCACCUGAGAACAUUGACCAAAUAAGUCUUUUAAUAGCAGUUAUGGACUAUGACCGCGUAGGUCACAAUGAGGUUAUUGGUGUGUGCCAUGUGGGAAACAGAGCUCAGAGUUUGGGACGCGAUCACUGGAAUGAGAUGCUCACAUACCCGCGCAAACCCAUCGCUCGCUGGCAUCCGCUUGUUGAGUGGGUUGGUCAGAGCACGGCCGGCGGUAGCCAAGGCUCCUGUAAUUCCCUGAGGACACCUCCUUCCCCGUAAUGGACGCCGUGAAAUUUCAGCCAUGGAGACACCCGGCAAGGUCCAAUUCACAACUUUAAUGAAAAGGAGAGCAUGAGAGAGAGAGAGAGAGAGAGAGAGAGAGAGAGAGAAAGAGAGGGGGGAAAAGUCUCUCGUUCUGUUAAAGAUCACUUUAAAUGUGUGCACACACUCAAUGCAGUAAACACCCAGGACACCUUAGACGUAAGAUUUCCCAGAUAGAAGAAGAGUGUCAAGUCCACUGCAUGUGAAGUGACUGUGUGUGAGCAGUAUUUGGUUAUAAAACGAGCCUUGAACAUUGUUCUGCUUUUGUUGAAAACUUUAGUUGAGAGGCAAGUAUUUUUGACAUUGUCAUGUUUUAUGUAUCUGUAUAACACAUUGUAAUACACUAAUAUUGUUUGAAGUGUAGUGCAUGGGGUCUAUUUUGUGGUAUUUUAUUGUAAAAUCUUACGGUAUAAAAAUAUACAAGAAAUGCAUAA